UUUGGAAUCACAAACAAACUAUCAUUUGAGUUUUCAAAUUUCUCGAGUGAAAUCACACCUACAAAGUGAACUUCCCCUUAGCGCUCAGUAAGCGAACACUGUGAGUGUAGAUCAUUAGUGCAAGUGAGAUUAUCGAAACGUUCGGACGUACAGAAAAAAAAAAAAACAAAAAACAACACACAUAAUCGAAUUAAGCAAUUGAUUAAGAAUUAUUUAAUAACAACAAUAAUUAAUAAUAAACAAACAAAACAACAAACAAGUUUAAACGUUAAUAAUUAGAGAAGUCUCCACCAAAACCGUUAACAUGGCCAAAGAUUGGAAAAAUAAUGAAGAAAUUCAAUAUUUUUGUGAAUAUCUACGUAUACCCAGUGUACAUCCAAAGCCCGAUUAUAAACCCUGUGUGGAAUUCCUAAGAAAACAAUCUCAAUUGCUGGACAUGCCCAUGCGUGUCUAUUAUCCAGUAAAUAAAGAAAAUCCCAUUGUAAUACUAACAUGGGCUGGUACAGAUUUAAGUUUACCCGGAAUCUUGCUAAAUUCACACAUGGAUGUUGUACCGGUCUUUCCGGAAAAUUGGACACAUCCACCUUUUGGAGCUGAAAUCGAUGAAGCAGGUCGUAUUUACGCACGCGGCACACAGGAUAUGAAAUGUGUGGGCAUGCAAUAUUUGGGUGCAUUACGUGCACUGAAACGAAGUGGUGCACAAUUUAAGAGAACUAUAUAUUGUUCAUUUGUGCCAGAUGAGGAAAUGGGAGGUGGUCUUGGCAUGAGACCAUUUGUGGAAACUUGUGAUUUUAAAGCAUUAAAUAUUGGUUUCUCUUUGGAUGAAGGUUUGGCAUCACCCACUGAUGUCUAUCCCGUGUUUUAUGCCGAACGUAGUGUAUGGCGUGUAUAUUUUCACAUCAAUGGCAAUGCGGGUCAUGGUUCUUUAUUGCUAAAAAAUACGGCUGGUGAAAAACUCAAUUAUAUUUUGCAUAAAAUGAUGUCAUUGCGUGAAAAGCAAGUGCGACGUUUGGAAAAUAAUCCUCAAUUAACUAUCGGGGAUGUGACAACGAUAAAUCUAACCAAAAUUUCUGGAGGCGUACAAAGUAAUGUCAUACCGCCUAAAAUGAUGUUGUGUUUUGAUGUUCGUUUGGAUUUAAAUGUUGAUCAUAAAGAAUUUGAAGCAAAGCUGCAUCAGUGGUGCAAAGAAGCUGGGGGAGAUAUAGAAAUUACCUAUGACCAACAACGUCCACGUGUUGCACCUACUGCUACCGAUGAUAGUAAUCCGUAUUGGGUUGCCUUUAAAAAGGCCACAGACGAAAUGGGCCUUAAAAUUGAACCUCAAAUAUUUACUGGUGGCACUGACAGCCGUUACAUACGCCAAGUUGGUAUACCAGCUUUAGGCUUCUCACCAAUGAAUAAUACUCCCGUAUUAUUGCACGAUCACGAUGAGUUUAUACAAGCUGAUACCUAUUUAGAGGGCAUUGAGAUUUAUAAGAAAAUUAUUGCAAAUUUGGCAAAUGCAUAAUUUCAGUUUGCAGUUUUUUCAAGAGAAUUCAUGAACCCCUGAUUUUAAACUGAACUCUUUGAACAUAAGAGAAAAAGAUGUAGUUACUAAGUUCCUAAGUGUCUUCAUAGGUCUGUAUUGCAAAUCAGCCAAAUUCUAGUAUUUAUUUUUAAAUAAUGAUAUUAUAAUAAUAAAAAUUCAAAUAAAACAAAGUGAAAUUUAAAUCGUA